AUGUAUUGUAUUCACUCACAACUCAAUAGGGCCAGGUUUUCCCCAUACAUAUAUGGAAUAUUUCAUCCUAGUCACUUGGAUGUCAUAUUUCCACAGUUUUUUAGUGUGUUGCUUCUUCUUCUGCUUGCACCCUUAAAUGUUAACAACUUUGAAAAUGUAUUAGCUGGGAACCUCAUUUUGAUUGGUCAAGUCAGUGAUGCUAUUUUCACACCAUUUAUUGGUUAUGAAUCUGAUCGCUCAAGAGGGAUUGAGAAAAUUGGGAAGCGGAAAACAUGGCAUUUAGUGGGAACAUUAUGUGUCAUGGCCAGUUUUCCAUUCCUCUUCACCAAGUGCAUCACAUGUUCACAUGCUCCAAAUAUUGCUCAGUUUAUAUACUAUGCACCAUUUGUCGUCAUCUUCCAGUUUGGGUGGGCAGCCACACAGAUUAGUCAUCUGUCAUUUUCAUCAGAUUUCACACCGCACAGACACGAACGUGUUACUCUGCAAUCCAUUAGAAAUAUGUUCACUGUUGUCGCCAACCUGUCAGUCUAUGGGAUAUUUGCUGCACUGUUUUACUUAGCCGGAAGGGAUGAUGCCACAGAUGGUGAUCUUGGUAUACAUGAUGCUCCAAAGUUUCAGAUGCUAGCUUUUAUAUGCAUUGGAUUGGGUACUGUGUUCAACUUCAUCUUUCACCUGGGCACAAAGGAGAAACCUCACAGUAGCGAGACUGAGACACAAAACAGAAACCAGGUUGGAGAGAAUUCUAUAGAACGCUCUACAUUACUUCAUUCUAGAAUGACCUGGAAAGAUUGGCUAAAGGAGCCUCAGUUUUAUCAGAUUGCAGUUUUGUACAUGGCAACUCGAUUGUACAUUAACGUGAGCCAGGUUUAUUUCCCAAUGUACCUCACAGAAACCAUUAAUCUGUCUAAGGAAUCCAUUGCUAUUCUACCAUUAGUCACAUACUGCAGCAGUUUUGUUAUGUCAUUUGCAGCCUCUUUUAUCAACAGAUUGAUGGGAAGAAAGCUAUCUUAUGUUUUGGCUGCAGCUAUUGGUGUUGGUUCCUGCGUAUGGAUGUACUUUGUUCCUAAAAACAGUGACACGAUUUAUGGUUGUGCUUUUUUGAUGGGAGCAUCAGGUUCAUUGCUUCUAAUCACAUCGCUGUCAAUGACCUCUGACCUUAUUUCUGCAAAUACGGAGAGCGGUGCUUUUGUUUUUGGUGCCAUGAGCUUUACAGACAAGUUGUCAAAUGGAAUUGCUGUUUUAUUAAUUCAGAGAUUUCAUCCAUGCAAUGGCUGUUGUCCUGCUUGUACACCUUACUACCGGAAUGUGCAGGUGUUCAUUCCUGGGGCCUCUCUAGUUGUUGGCUUUCUUGCACUCCUCACACUGAUCCCUCAGAACAUUGGGGCUAGGAGUAGGGCAGUUGAUGUUUUGGAAAAUCCUGCUCGUGCAAGUCAAAAUUCUUCAACGAAUAGUCUUCGGUGUUCGUGUGGAACAUUCUACACCUCUUCUAAUGAGUGUCCAACUUGUGGUGCUCCCCACUACAACCACGCUAAUGGAUCAGUGAUUCACAGUGCAGAAGUUCACAGACAUUAUGACACCAAUGACAGUUCUGAUGACGAAGCUUUACAAAAACAAGAAAAGAGGUCAUUGCUUCGAUCAAGUAUCAAUACUCCUAGCAAGGAUGUACAGAUUGUUUCAGAAUAUGGUAGUCUGCGAAAUGUCUAA